AUGUAUUUUCUAUUGAUUCUAUUUAUUUCUUUUCCAUUAUUUCACUGUGAGUGUAAUUAUACAAGUGAAUGGUUUAAUGAAAAUCAUCCAUGGGAUAUUGAAUCAGAUGGAAAUGAUAUUGAACGUUUUUCACUUAUUCGAGCAAAAUAUCCAUUAAUAUUUGAGUUUAAUGAAUGGACAGGUUUAUUUGAAAUACGAAAAGCAUCUUAUCAACCAAUAACAAAUCAAACAAUGUUAAUUGAAAAUUAUACACAAAUCUAUGAUGGAUUUAUAUGUCAUGCUAUAAACGGAAAACAAUGUAUUGAUUAUGAAAUACGUUUUUGUUUAGACUAUAAUGCAUGUAGCAUAUCAGCAUAUCCUCCUUAUGAAAAUCAUAUGAUGAGUGGUAUAGAAGCUCGUCCCUAUUCAUUUCCAUGGUAUGUUUCAGUUCAAUAUAAAAAAAUACAUAGAUGUGCUGGAACUUUAAUUGAUAAUCAACAUAUUAUAACAGCAGCAAGUUGUUUUCAACGUAAUCUUAUUCCUAUACCAUAUUCAGUUGUUCUUGGUGCACAUUAUCUAUUAAAUUCUACUUAUCGCGUUUCGAUUGAGCGUUUUAUAUUUCAUUCUGAUUAUAAUCUUGUAACAUCAGAAAAUGAUAUUGCUGUAAUAAAACUUAGCGAACGUAUUCAAUCAUUUACUGAUCGUAUUAGACCAGCUUGUUUAGCACGAUCAAUUCGACAACCUCAUAUGUCGAAUCCAUUGAUUGUUGCUGGUUGGCGUAUAAUACCAAAUAAUACUUGGUCUGUUUCAUUUUCUAAUGAACUUCGACAAGCUAUAUUAACAGUUAUGGAGAAAUGUUCUUAUGUUUAUAAUAACUACGAUUUGGACAAACAAGUAUGUGCUGGUACGCGAGGUUCGAAACGUGACUUAUGCCAAGGCGAUAUUGGUGGUGGACUUUUUGAAAAACAAAAAUAUGAUGUUGAUCGAUGGAUUUUAACGGGUAUUGUUAGUUAUGGAUGUGAAUAUGCACAACAAGGUUAUCCAGGUGUUUAUGUACGCAUUAGUGCAUAUUAUGAUUGGAUUCAACAGACUAUUAAACGAAUGCAAAAAGAAAAAAUGCAAUAA